AUGCCGUCCUACCGCAGAGUUAUCACAGCCGUUUGCGUUUUUGCCCCUCUUCUCUAUAUUUACUGGCAAACAAUUUUGGUUCCUGAUACGCGGAAGAGCUUUAGAAGUUGGAACCUAGCUGAAAAAGAAGAUGCGUUCAAUGAUACGCUAGGUCUCUCAAAAAUAUUCGUCAUCAACCUGCCAUCACGGAAAGAUCGUCGAGAUGCUAUGAGUUUAGCAGGUGCCGUUAGCAAUCUCACUUUCACAUGGAUUGACGGCAUAUCGGGUGGCCAGGUUUCGGACCAUGAUGUGCCUGUUCGUAGGGGAAUACAUUCGUCGUUGGGGGCGAAAGGGUCCUGGAGGUCGCAUAUUAAUGCGCUUCAAUCAAUUAUAAGGGAGGACCUAACAAGUGCGCUCAUUUUAGAAGAUGAUAUAGACUGGGAUGUACGCCUAAAGUCGCAACUUCGAACUUUCGCAUUGGCCUCGAGGACCUGGUUGAAAGAGUCCAAGUUUGAUAAACACCGAACCGUACAACUGUCCCUGGAAGCUAGCACGGAUAGUGAAAUUUACCACGCCGCUUACGGGGAUGACUGGGACGUUUUAUGGCUGGGCCACUGCGGUGCAGAUUUCCCCGACAGCCAAUCUCUCAUAUCACCUCUGAGAAUCGAAGUCCCAGGAGACGAGACGGUCCCAGCUCCAAAGCAUCUCAAGCCUCACCCAUUCGCCUUAAACGACAAACUCGGCGAACUAUACCCGCCACAUACUCGCGUCGUCCACGCAUCUAGCGGGAACGUCUGCACCCUAGCCUACGCCGUCAGCCGCCAAGGAGCUCGCAAGCUUUUAUCGCAAUUCGACGACCACUACGAUACCCAAUGGGACUUGAUGCUGCAGAAAUGGUGCGAAGGGGAGUAUGCUGUCGAGACCAAGUCUCGUCUGAAUUCAAGGAUAAAAGACGAUAGAGGGGCUAUCCAUGAGCGUGGAGGAUCUGCCCCCGUUUGCCUCACGGUACAACCGCCCCUAUUCAGUCAUCAUUAUGCGAAAGGCGGCGCCUCCAAUAUCCAAGGCCAAGGCGGUGGUUACGCGAAGGGAACGGGUACGCCGUAUAUAAGACUAAGUGUACAGCAGAAUAUCGACCGCUUAGUUGCUGGCGCGCGGCAGGGUGAGAUGGUGGACCAACUACCCGAUGACGGGGAUACUAUAUGGAAAUAG